AUUGAAGGAGAGGCGUCAAUAGCAGACCUGGUAAAAAUGAAUCUGACGAUUUUUUAAAUCUUGCGUUUAAAUCUACUAGCUUGAGUUAGAAGUGAAUCCUGGAGAUCAAUGAAUGAAUGAGUGAAUCUAUUGCCACUUCAAUAAGCACGUGCCCAUAUAUUCAGAAUUGUGUAGCGGUACGUAGGCCCCCUGGCCCGAGAGGCCGCGAGCUACCGUGGCCAUACCCAUUACCGUCGCGUGCAAUUCUCAAGCACACAUAUUGAAUAGGGUCCUCACAAAUCUGUGAUUAAGUCGUUUGAAUUGCACAGAAGCUAAUUCCCUGGGUAUAUUCCAUUGGCAUGAUUGGAUCUCGUACUGUUUUGAAAGGUCUAACGUUAAUUCUGCUACUUAUAUUGAGUUGAAGUCUUGAACUGAAGCUUGAUUAACGAAUGACUGGGCGUUGUGGCGUGCACCUGUAAUCCUAGACAGCUGGCAGCCGUCUGUUUCAAGGAGUUUUUUAACAUUAUUUUAUUUUUUUAAUUUCUCCUCAUACACAGACGGCUCGCUAUCGUGCAGCCACCAUUAGGGGACUUACAAUGCAAAAUCCCCCCGUCGGGGCUCUUCAAUUUUUGUCUUUAAUGAAUCAAACUUUUGAAAAUUAACGCAACCGAAAUGCAAAUUAAUAUUCCCUCUUGGCAUUAAUUGCCAAAAAACGGGGAAAAUCAAGUUAAAAGGAACAAAAACAGUGACUUACCUUUGCUGUCGCGCAACUUCACUGCCCUGUUUUAUCCGAACUUAAUACACAUAAACAUAUGGCCAUUGAGUCCCCUGUACAGAUCGCGCUAGAACUUCGGUCUCUGUAUUUGGUGAGUGAAGCCAACAGAGUUCAGCUGAACAACCAACAUAAGUCAUAACAGAGACCGAAGCUUUUGGUCUACUGUAAUCCAAGCAAUGUGGGGAAGUUACAAAUUGAUGCAGAGGUUUGAAGUUCGAGCCCUGGUCACGUCUUUCCCAUGGUGACGUUAAAGGUCGGUCCCAGACGUAUAUAAUCAUAUCUGAUUGAUACACGUCUGACAAAACUCAAAUACACACACACUAACGGGUUAGCCCUCGUCACUUCGAAGGUGAAGCCUCAGCCAUUGUCAGCUAACCUCACCACUUCUCAAUUUGUGGGAGGUAGGCAAUCAUCAUGUCUGGUGUUGGGCAGUCUCUGGGAGGUUCUUCCACCAAGGAAGUGAAUGCAGCCUCGCUUUGUCGCUUUGGACAGGAGACCGUUCAGGAUCUUGUGACAGAAACACAGGAUAUGUUCAGCAACCUUAAAGGAGUUCAGCUACCCAAUGGGAGAAAUAACACACAACAGAGUCAUCAGGACAAGGUUGCUAAGUUGCAAGAUAUCACCAAGCAUAUCGAGGUUCACUUUAAGAAAUUACGGCUUCUCUAUAAGAAGUGCAUCCAGAUAUCAAGCGGAGUUCAUACAGCAAGUGGCACUCACACACCCAGCGAAGAUCUCAUCAUGUGGAAAGAUGUCUUCAGCAGUAAAGAUCUGAUAGCUCUAGGAUCAAGAGAAAAAGCUCAGUAUCUCAAUGACGAACGACUUCAUCUGAUGGAGCAAUUGCAAGCCAAGAAUCGUCAGUUAAGACAGGUGAUGGAACAGAUGAGGGCUCUGAUGUGGGACAUCAACACCAUGCUUGCGAUGAGACACUCAACACCAUGCUUGCAAUGAAACACUCAACACCAUUUUUUUUUAAUGAGACACUCAACACCAUUCUUGAAAUGAGACACUCAACAUCAUGCUUGCGAUGAGACACUCAACAUCAUGCUUGCAAUGAGACACUCAACACCAUUCUUGAAAUGAGACACUCAACACCAUUCUUGAAAUGAGACACUCAACUCAUUGCCUGCGAUGAGAUACUCAACACCAUACUGUACUUGUGAUGAAACACUCAACACCAGAUUGGAAAUGAGAUACUCAAUACCAGAUUGGAAAUUAGAUUGCUCUGAGAGAGAAUUGUGAAUACAAAAACUAUUCAGAAGAAUGUCCACACAGAAGGAGCAGUGAUCUUGUAUGAUAUGAGACACUCAGAAGAGCAGUAAAAGGUAUUAAAAAAGGUGUUGUGACGUUAAAACUUUCUGGUAGCAAAUCACCAUAAUUCACACAUCAAAAAGACUCUGUGAUCGAUUUUUGCCUUUAAAAUUGUCAAUGUCCACAGAAGAGGAGUAUUGAUCAUGUAUGCUAUGUUCAACAUCAAAUUGUAAAUAGAGAGACUUUGAUGCCAUUGGCCACCGAGAUUUGCUACGUCCAAAGAGAAAGAGCAGUGACCUUGAAUGAUAUAUGAGACAUUUGCCAUCAGAUUGUAAAUAGUGAUACUGGUGGAGUCUGUCAAUGAACAAAGAGAAAGAGCGGUGACUAUGAAUGCUAUGGAACAUUCAGCAUCAGAUUGUAAAUGAAAAUAAAAGACAAUAGUGAAGUAGACAGUGGCUUCCAAGAAUCGAAGACUUAAUUAGGAAUUGACCAUGCCUAAGAUUGUUAUGGUACAUUCAUUUAUCUUUCAAUUGUGAAGCAUCUGAGAAAGAGAGAGAAGUGUCUGCCAAGUUUGCCAAUGUGUAUGGGUAAGGGAUUAAAGAUAUAGAAGUCAAUUCUAGAAAUAGGAAUUAAUGUUAAUGACCUUUUUUGUUAACAGAGUACUUGAUUACUUUAACUUUUGCAUUUUCUCAUAUGGAAAGCAAGCAACACCAUAAUUGAGGAUGCAUACAUAUGUCCAAGCACAAUGCUUGUGUGAGAUGACCUGAGUUUACAGUUGAGGCCAAAAGUUUACAUACACCCAUGGAAUUCAGUGAAAUUUGUUUGCUUUCCAAACAUUGUAAAAUUUACUAUAUCUUCAGACUUUUGAAUACUACCAUGACAAAUUUGGUAUCAAAUAAAAGAGCGUAUUAAGCUCUUUCACAUGAUUGGGAUGCCGUUGGGAUCAAAGUAUAUUUCAGGUGGAAUUUUAUUUGAAGAAAAAAAGUAAUAUUCGUGCAAAAUGUAUUGUUUGUUAUUAUAUUUUCAAACAUUGUUUCAUAGAAAUUCUGUAUAUGAAUGUCAAAUCUAUGAUUUAUAUUACAUUUUCUAUCAUAAUACGUCACCAUAGAACAAAAUAGUGUAAUCUGAAAUGUUUGUGUUGAGAAGUAACUAGCACAGAUAUGAAAUGUUUUCGUCAAGUUUUUAUUUUUAAUUGUCUAAAAUAUGAAGAUUUUUUUUGGGAAAAUGACACCUAAAUAUUUUUCAGCUCCUAGUGACAAAGCAAUGUGAUGAAGGGGCAUGACAUACUCAUUUGUUUGAUAUCAAAUUUGUCAUGAUAGCAAAAAUAUUUUAUAAGAUACAGUAAAUUUUUAUGAUGUUUGGCAAGUGUCAGCUUUUCUUUGAAUUUCCUGGGUGUAUGUAAGCUUCUGGCCUCAACUAUACAUGUAUAUUUCAUCCUUCAUUAAUAAGACCCAUCAGCCUAUAUCUUUUGUUUUCCAAUGAAACUUCGAUAUACCUACUUCAUUGAUAAUGAAUAAUAACAUUUCUAGCCUCCCAUAUACAUAGUUAUGAUUUACAUGUAUAUAAAGUAAUUGCAAUUCAAUGUCAGGCAUGGAUGAAAAUAGAUUUUGUAGAAUUUUUUAAUAAAUACUAAAACAAAAUUGUUUUCUUGAA